AUGGCACAGCGAUCAGAGCGUUCCGCAAUUCGCGCGAUCCCCUUCUUAGUUCUUUGCCUUAUCUUCGAGCGAGUCUCGACUUCGUUCUUUAUUGUCUCUCUCACUCACCCUCUCUACUCUUUACCCUCCCCGUCUCACCCCCAUACCUCCACCUAUUCUCAACACCCCCUCCUUUUCCUCCCGCUUCUCCUCCCUUCCUCUCCCCGCAACCCUCCUUUCCUCCUCUCCUCUACUCCGCUCCGCCUCUCCGUUCCCCCUCUCGUCAAUCAGGUAUGGGAGAGCAUCUACGGCUUGCACGAGGACAACCAACUUCCCCCCGCCAACAUCUCCCUUCCGCCCAACGUGCCCCCCGCGCCGCACCUCGAGGACUGCGCGGCUCGCACGGCGUUCCGCCUGGCGGCGGAGCAGCGCGGGGCGAACGGGGAGCCGCCGGAAUGGGCGCGCCCGCCCAAGUGCUGCGGAUGCAACCCGCAACCCCCGUGGGUUCGGGGAGCGGACGACGAGAACCUAGCAAUGACGCGGCGGGUGCAGAAGGAGAUAUGGGAGAACCAGUUCCCAGCAGAGCGCAAGUGCGCGGGCAGGAAGGUGCUGGUGGUGCAGUGGGCGCCGCAGAACCACCACGGCGUGGGGUCGCAGGUGCACGUCAUGGGCGCGUUCCUCAGCAUCGCCCUGCAGUUCAACCGCACUCUCGUCGCCAUCCCGGGCUCGUACGGCCGCGCCGAGGAGCCUGGCUGUAAAGCUGCCGGGCAGUACGGCGAGUGGGAGUGCUUCUUCUUCUCCUUCGCAGACCCCGCGUGCCAGCAGAUAGUGCGGGAGAUGAAGGACAGCAAGGCGCUCCAGUGCUCGCACUCCUUUGCCUCGCAGGUCGCCGGGUCGUCAGACGUGGUCGCCUGCCUGGAUUACAUGCCCUAUGGGGACCUCGAGAUGAAGGCCAACAUCACAUGGCGGUGGGGGGGGGCGCAAUGGCAACAGCCGGACACGGUGUGGCAUGUCCCGGGCUCAGAGUCGCACAAGGCACACACAAUGCAGGUCCAUUGGUGGCGGGCGCAAGCCGCGCGCUUCAUGCUGCGCUGGCCCUCCGCGUACCUCUGCCACGUGACCAACCGCGUGCGCCACUCCUCCUACGGGCACCGCGUGGCUGCUCGCCUCGCCCGCUUCGACAGCACACGCGCAGAGAUCCUCCGGGAACUCGCCGGGGACACCGCGGGCGAUGCAGCCCGCAGCAACAUCAAACUGUCCCCGCAAGCCACAGCCGCCGCUGCCGUGCCGUUCCGGGAAGGGUCGUUCAAACAGUCCCAGGGGCUGUUUCCCUGGGCGCAUGGCGCGUGCAGCAAGGAUGCGUGCGGCGGCGGCGGGGAGAGGGAGAAGCGGUCGGCGUAUCUGAGGGAGAUGUUUGAAGGAGUGGGGGGGGAACCGUAUGUGAUGAGUCCCAUUGUGAGCCUGCAUGUGCGGCAGAGUGACAAGGUGGAGGAGAUGCAGCUCAUGCCACUCAGCUUGUAUAUCUUCUAUUUGAACAGGCUCCGGCUCAUUCGUGCGGACCUGUCUUAUGUGUGGCUUAACACCGAGUCUCAGGUGAAUCGCCCUACUUCGUCGCAUUCGCUUCUUCUCCCCGUAGUCCACACUCCGUCCCCUUCCGUUCCACACACGCACUCCCCUCCAUCGCUCACGCUUCCUCGCGACAACGAGCACGCUCCCUCCCCUCCCGUCUCCUUCGCGCUCGCUCCAUUGUCGCACACGCGCGCUCUGUUUUCUCGCGGAUUACAAUUCCCUCCCGUCGCCCACGCGGGAGCGCCGAGACCGAUUACGCACACUCCCUUCCGUCACCCACGCUCACUUCGUUCCCGCCGCAGACGCGCACUCCCUUCCGUCGCCCCCGCGCACUCCGUCAGUUACCUCGGCCCACGCGCACUCCCUUCCGUUGCCCACUCUCAAGACCUUCCCGUCGCCCACGCUCACACCCUUCCCAUCGCCUACGCGCAAUCGUUCCGUCGCCCACUCUCAAUCACUUCCCUCGCCCACGCUCGCUCCCUUCCCGUCGCCCACGCUCACUCCCUUUCCAUCGCCUUCGCGCAAUCCUUACAUCGCACACGCUCACCCCCGCUCGUCGCACACGGCCAAUUCCCUCUCGUCGCACGCUGCCGCCCGCGUCGCGCUCUCCCUUUCAAUCUCCUCCCGCCGUCCACGCGCACUCCCUCCCGGCGCGCGAGACGACUCCCCGUCCGCCGCCCACGCUCACUCCCUCCCGCCGCGACGGUCCCCUCCGCCGCACAUGCUCACUCCCCUCCGUCGCCCACGCCCACUCCUUAUGGUCGCACUCACUCCUCCCCGUCGCCCACUCAUUCCCCUCCGUAUCCCUCGCUCACUCCCCUUCCGCCGCCCAUAGUCGCACAACAGAGGCGGACGUGGUGCUGCGUGAAUCCCUUCCCCCCGUCCUCCCAACCUCUCUUUCUCCCUUCAUCACGCCCCUCCUCUCCCCAUCCCCUCCUCUCCCCCUCAUCACGCCCCUCCUCCCAUCACGUCCCGUCCUCUCCCCAUCCCCUCCUCUUCCAAACCCAUCCCUCCUCAUCACAUCCCUCCUCUUUCCAUCCAUCCUCUCCCCAUCCCUCCUCUCCCCAUCCGUCCUGUCCCCAUCCCCUCCUCUCCCCCUCCGCUCCAGGUGUUUCCUCCCAUCAUCACUUCCUCCCAUCAUCACUUCCUCCCAUCACCACUUCCUCCCAUCAUCACUUCCUCCCAUCACCACUUCCUCCCAUCACCACUUCCUCCCAUCACCACUUCCUCCCAUCACCACUUCCUCCCAUCACCACUUCCUCCCAUCACCACUUUCUCCCAUCAUCACUUCCUCCCAUCACCACUUCCUCCCAUCACCACUUCCUCCCAUCACCACUUCCUCCCAUCACCACUUCCUCCCAUCAUCACUUCCUCCCAUCACCACUUCCUCCCAUCAUCACUUCCUCCCAUCAUCACUUCCUCCCAUCACCACUUCCUCCCAUCACCACUUCCUUCCAUCACCACUUCCUCCCAUCACCACUUCCUCUUCCUAUCCCCUUUCCCUCUCACAUCGUCCUAUCUCCCCCUGUCCCUUCCCCCCUGCUUCCCUCUUCCCCCUCUUUCCCCGCUUUCCCCUCCCCAUCGCUCGUAUUCUCUUUCUCUCCCUGGCAAUUGCAGUGA